AAGUUUUAAACAUGUUGCUCUUUUAAUCUGGCCUUGUUAAGUUUGAAUUGUCAAUGGGUGUGCAGAAGAUGGAUUUCUCUCUUCUCUUCUGUAUAUGCAGAGUUCUUGUAAUGGAAAGCUUGUUAUAAUCUGUUGCAGAUUUUCUUUACACUGGAAUUAUGAAGAUUGUUUGCUUGUACUGCAGAUAGUGUAUUGUGGGGGGAACCAAUUUGCUGUGGAAUAAGCUUGUGGGUGCUUUUGUUGGCGUCCGUCUUCCCAUCAUUCAAAAAAGUAUUCAAUGUCUCUUCCAGUUUGGAAAUCGGCAGGUUGGCUAUCAGAGAUGGUGUUUGAGCCGUUGGAUUGGUACUGUAAACCAAUGGCGAAUAGGAUUUGGGAAAAAGCAGUUGAUAGUGCAUUUGGUGCAUAUACUCCCUGUGUUAUUGACUCGUUAGUCAUCUCUUUUUCUCAUUUGGUUCUCUUGGGUUUGUGCCUUUACCGAAUAUAUCUCAUUAGGAACAAUGUUAAAGCAAAACGGUUUCGUUUGAGGUCAAAUUACUAUAACUAUAUGCUGGGACUUUUGGCUGGUUAUUGUGCUCUUGGGCCUCUGCUAAGACUAUUGAUGGGAAUUUCACUCCUUAACUUGAGUGAAGAGGCUGUUUUUGCUCCAUUUGAGUUGGCUUCUUUGACAAUCGAGGCUGGUACUUGGUUGUCUAUGAUUAUUAUGAUUGGGUUGGAAACUAAAAUUUACAUCAAAGAGUUUCGAUGGUAUGUGCGGUUUGGGAUGGUCUAUGUUUUAGUGGGGGAUGCUGUGCUGCUAAAUCUCAUCAUGUCAGUAAAGGAAUAUUGCCGUAGAUCUGCAGUGGAUAUUUUCAUCAGUGAGGUUUCCUGCCAGGUUAUAUUGGGGAUUCUUCUUCUUUUUUAUGUUCCUAAUUUGGAUCCUUACCCGGGGUAUGUUGCGAUCGAUGAUGAGCCUCUGGAUAGUCUUCAAUAUGAAGCACUUCCUGGAGGAGAGCAAAUAUGCCCAGAGAGGCACGCUGGUAUUUUUUCCAGAAUAUGUUUUGGAUGGAUGACACAGCUCAUGCAGUUAGGCUAUAAAAAGCCUAUCACUGAGAAGGAUGUUUGGAAGUUAGACACAUGGGAUCAGACUGAAACUCUUAUUGAAAAGUUCCAAAGAUGCUGGAUUGAAGAAUCAAAAAGGUCCAAGCCAUGGCUUCUAAGAGCGUUGAAUAGUAGCCUUGGUGAAACGUUUUGGUUGGGAGGCUUUUUCAAGAUUGGAAAUGAUCUUUCUCAAUUUGUGGGGCCUGUUUUACUGAAUCAUCUCUUACAGUCUAUGCAACGAGGUGAUCCAGCUUGGAUUGGUUACAUAUAUGCCUUCUUAAUUUUUAUUGGGGUGACAGCUGGUGUGCUAUGUGAAGCUCAGUAUUUUCAGAAUGUUUGGCGUGUUGGUUUCCGUUUGAGGUCAACUUUGGUAGCUGCUAUAUUUCGCAAAUCUUUAAGACUACCCCAUGAGAGCCGCAAGAAUUUUCCAUCUGGGAAUACCAAUAUGAUCACGACAGAUGCUAGUGCACUUCAGCAAAUAUGCCAACAACUUCAUGGCCUAUGGUCAGCUCCAUUUCGUAUUAUCAUGUCUAUGGUUCUUCUUUAUCAGCAACUAGGAGUUGCUUCGCUUCUUGGGUCACUAAUGCUAGUUCUUAUGGUUCCCCUACAGACAUUUGUGAUAAGCAAAAUGCGGAAACUAAGUAAGGAAGGACUCCAGCAGACCGACAAGAGAGUUAGCCUCAUGAAUGAGAUUUUGGCUGCCAUGGAUACCGUAAAAUGUUACGCGUGGGAGAGGAGUUUCCAGUCUAGAGUUCAAAAUAUACGAAAUGAAGAGCUAUCAUGGUUCCGUAAAGCACAAUUACUAUCCGCUUUUAACAGUUUUAUACUGAACAGCAUCCCAGUUGUUGUGACAGUAGUCUCAUUUGGGAUGUUCACUUUGCUUGGUGGGGUUCUGACACCUGCGAGGGCAUUUACAUCUCUUUCUCUAUUUGCAGUGCUUCGAUUUCCUUUGAAUAUGUUCCCUAAUUUAUUAAGUCAGGUACUUUCAUUCUUACAUAGUUAAAAUUUCUCUAUAAUCCAAUUAUCAGAACUAUUGUUGAGUGAGGAAAGAGUUCUGAUACCUAACCCACCUCUUCAACCAGGGCUUCCAGCUGUCACAAUUAAGAAAGGAUUCUUUUCCUGGAAUUCACAGGCAGAUGGGUCCACGCUUUCAAAUAUCAAUUUGGACAUAUCAGUUGGAGAAUUGGUUGCAAUUGUUGGUGGGACUGGAGAAGGAAAGACAUCACUGAUUUCAGCAAUAUUGGGGGAACUUCCCCCUGCAGCAGCAGAUUCCAGUGUUCUCAUUAGGGGGACCGUUGCUUACGUUCCUCAAGUUUCAUGGAUUUUCAAUGCCACAUUACGUGAAAACAUAUUAUUUGGAUCUGAUUAUGAACCUGGGAAGUAUUGGAAGGCUAUUGAUGUCACUUCACUCCAGCAUGAUCUUGAUUUACUUCCUGAUCGUGAUCUUACAGAAAUUGGCGAGAGAGGAGUAAAUAUAAGUGGUGGACAAAAGCAGAGAGUUUCCAUGGCUAGGGCUGUCUACUCUGAUUCAGAUGUAUACAUAUUUGAUGAUCCUUUAAGUGCUCUUGAUGCUCAUGUUUCUCGAGAGGUAUUUAACAGCUGUAUCAAGGAAGAAUUACGGGGCAAAACAAGAAUACUUGUCACGAACCAGCUACAUUUUCUCCCUCAGGUGGAUAAGAUCAUUCUUGUUAGUGAAGGUAUGAUUAAAGAGGAGGGGACCUACGAGGAGCUCUCAAGAAAUGGCAGGCUAUUCCAGAAACUGAUGGAAAAUGCAGGGAAAAUGGAAGAAAUGGAAGAACAGAGUAAAGAAAAGGCAAGCGAAGAAAGCUUUGACCUAGAAACCUCAAAACCCGCCAUUAACAAGGUGGAUUAUGUGAAUGGGCUGCCAAGUAAUCCAAGCUAUGGCAAAAGAGGGAAAGGAGGUAGAUCUGUACUUAUCAAGCAAGAAGAACGAGAAACAGGUGUUGUCAGUUGGCAUGUUUUGAUGAGGUAUAAGGAUGCAUUGGGAGGGUUGUGGGUAGUCAUGAUACUCUUUUCAUGCUAUUUGACAACUGAAGUUCUUCGAAUUUUGAGUAGCACUUGGUUAAGUGUUUGGACGGAUCAAAGCACUUCAAGGAGUUUCAAACCUGGAUUCUUUAUUGUCAUUUAUGCACUUCUAGGAUUUGGCCAGGUGACUGUGACACUUGCGAACUCUUUCUGGUUGAUCAAAUCAAGUCUACAUGCGGCCAAAAAUUUGCACAACGCCAUGCUAAAAUCUAUUUUAAGGGCUCCAAUACUAUUUUUCCAUACCAACCCAAGUGGACGUGUAAUAAACAGAUUCGCAAAGGAUCUAGGAGAUAUAGACCGAAAUGUUGCCAGUUUCAUGAAUAUGUUUCUUGGCCAGGUGUGGCAGCUCAUUUCAACUUUUUUGCUGAUAGGCAUCAUUAGCACGGUAUCAUUGUGGGUUAUCAUGCCACUUCUUAUCUUAUUUUAUGCUGCCUAUCUCUAUUAUCAGAGUACAGCUCGUGAAGUGAAGCGCUUGGAUUCCAUUACUAGAUCUCCUGUUUAUGCUCAAUUUGGGGAAGCAUUGAAUGGUUUGUCAACCAUUCGUGCAUACAAAGGCUAUGAUAGGAUGGCAUAUGUUAAUGGAAAGUCCAUGGAUAAUAAUAUCAGAUUCACCCUUGCAAAUGUUAGUUCAAAUCGUUGGCUCACCAUAAGGUUGGAAACUUUAGGAGGCAUCAUGAUUUGGUUAACAGCAACAUUUGCAGUGCUGCAGAAUGGAAAAUUUGGUAAUCAAGCUGCAUUUGCAUCUACAAUGGGUCUGCUUCUCAGUUAUACUUUGAAUAUCACCAAUCUGUUGAGUGGUGUUCUAAGGCAAGCAAGCAGAGCUGAAAAUAGUUUAAAUGCUGUUGAGCGUGUUGGCACAUACAUAGAUCUUCUCCCUGAGGCUCCAGAUAUAAUUGAAAGCAAUCGUCCUCCAAGUGGUUGGCCUUCUGCCGGAUCAAUUGUGUUUGAGGAUGUUGUCCUACGUUACAGACCUGAACUUCCUCCAGUGCUUCAUGGAUUGUCCUUCAGUAUCUGUCCAAGUGAGAAGGUGGGCAUAGUUGGCAGAACUGGUGCAGGGAAAUCCAGCAUGAUUAAUGCAUUAUUUCGGAUUGUAGAAGUUGAAAGAGGACGAAUCUUGAUUGAUGGUUUUGACCUUGCUAAGUUUGGAUUAACAGACAUACGAAAGGUCCUAAGUAUCAUACCACAAUCACCGGUUCUUUUCUCAGGAACUGUACGAUUUAAUCACCAUCCUUUUGGUGAGCAUAAUGAUGCUGACAUUUGGGAGGCUUUAGAGAGGGCACAUCUGAAGGAUGUAAUCAGAAGGAUUGCCUUUGGGCUUGAUGCUGAGGUUUCUGAAGGAGGAGAGAAUUUUAGUGUUGGACAGAGACAACUGCUAAGUCUUGCCCGUGCCCUGCUGCGAAGAUCAAAGAUCCUUGUUCUUGAUGAAGCAACUGCCGCUGUUGAUGUUGGAACUGAUGCUCUUGUCCAGAAAACAAUUCGUGAAGAAUUCAAAUCCUGCACAAUGGUUACCAUUGCUCACAGGUUAAAUACCAUUAUUGACAGUGACCGAAUCCUGGUGCUGGAUGCUGGCCAGGUUCUGGAAUAUGAUUAUCCUGAAGAACUGCUAUCAAACGGUGAAAGUGCAUUUUCUCAGAUGGUUCAAAGCACAGGACCUGCAAAUGCCCAGUAUUUACAUAACUUAGUUUUUGAACGUAAAGAGAACAAGCUGACCAGGGAAGAAUCUAUGGGGCUGGAGGGACAGCGGAGGUGGUUGGCCGCCUCUUCACAGUGGGCUGCUGCUACCCAGUUUGCACUUUCCGUUAGCCUCACCUCUUUGCAAGAUAACCUCAAGGGGUCCAAUAUUCAAGACAAGAAUGAUAUCCUGAAGAAAACAAAAGAUGCUGUUCUCACAUUGCAGGAUGUUUUGGAGGGGAAGCAUGAUGAAGUUGUAGAUGACACGCUACAGCAUUACCACGUUCCAAGAGACAGAUGGUGGUCAGCUCUCUAUAGAAUAAUUGAAGGUCUUGCUCUGAUGGGCAACUUGGCUCAGAAAAGGCAUCAACAACUGGAAUAUCAGUGGGGAGACAAGCCUGUUGAUUGGGACAGUCUUGAAAUUUAGGCAACCACAAUAUUGAAGAGAUCACCCAAAUGUUUGGUCAUGUCUGAAAGGUGCUGUUGAUAUCAUUUGAAUCUUCACAUACUGGUUUCUCACACUCCUCUCCUCUCUUCUUUUCGGUUUACGAUCACUUGUUGUGGAGGACAAGCCUCUAGGUGUGUCCCUUAGGUUCUUAAAGGAGCGUAGUGGUUUCUCUUCUUACUAGUCUUCUCGCCCACGAGCAUGUUAAUUGUUAUUCUUAGUCUUUUAAUUAGAUCAGAUCGAAUUAUAUUAAUUUAAGACAUCCAGUAAUUCAUAAAAAAAUUCUCUAAAUUAGUUAAGUUUGAACACAAUGUAAUAGUACGAACUAAUCAUUAGUGUAGAUCAAGAAGCUCGUUAAGCUUUGCGAUGGAGAAAACAUAAGAUAUGUGUAAGUCUCUCAUUUCAUCUAUCUAAAUAUAGUACUAUACCCACCUUUCUUUUACUUGGAAUAACUCAUAAAGAUAUACAUGUAAGAGAAAUUCUGUGUGAGAAAGUUUUUCAAA